AACCCUGACCCGGACUACCCAAAGAAAACCCUAACUCUCUCUCGGUCUCUCUUACUAAAGACUUGUGCUCCUCAUUCUUGCUUCUCUCGCUAACCAUUUAUCGGCUCGAAAGCGGAGAAGUUAAUUUUACAGAUAUAAAAAGAGAGAACAAGAAGAGAAGGAGCAAUGGUUUCAGGUUCCGGGAUUUGUGCUAGGGUUGUUGUGGUGGAUGCAAGGCACCACAUGCUGGGGCGAUUGGCAUCUAUAUUGGCCAAGGAGCUGCUUAAUGGGCAGAAAGUUGUAGUUGUGAGAUGUGAAGAAAUCUGCCUUUCUGGUGGUCUUGUCCGCCAAAAAAUGAAAUACCUAAGGUUCCUUAGAAAACGCAUGAACACUAAGCCCUCUCAUGGUCCCAUUCACUUUCGGGCUCCUUCGAAGAUCCUUUGGCGAACCAUCCGAGGGAUGAUUCCUCACAAGACCAAGCGAGGGGCUGCUGCUCUCUCCAGGCUGAAGGUGUAUGAGGGCGUCCCCCCACCUUAUGAUAAGAAGAAAAGGAUGGUCAUCCCAGAUGCUUUGAAGGUUUUGAGGCUUCAGCCUGGGCACAAGUAUUGCUUGCUUGGACGCCUCUCAUCAGAGGUUGGAUGGAAUCACUAUGAUACCAUCAAGGUAAUUUUGAUUCUGAUUUUAGAAACUGGAAAGCUAUAAACCUUCUUUGAUCAUUGUGAAAUACCAAUGAAUACCAGUAAAACUUAUUAGGUUAUUUCUGCAAUGUGUCUUGUCAU